AUCUGAAAGUGUCAGUGUCUGUCAGCCAGGCUCCGCUGACCACUGCACCACCAUCAGCACCACCACUGCAUCCCUCAGCUCCCGUCGCUGCUCAACACUGCCUGGCCAUCGUGUCGCCGCACGACAUGGCCGGCCCGCGCUCGCUCAAUCCCACCUGCGAGGACUACCAUUCCGACGACAGCGACAUUGUCGAGUCCUUUCGCAGGUCGCCCGCCACCAACCAAGCAAAUGUUACUGCCAAACGAUCGCAUCCGUCCGACCUGGGCACCGACCAACCUGCCGCGGUGGAGAAGGUUGUCAACAUUGACAUGCAGAGCGACUCGGGGUAUUCCAGCCAUACCGCCGCGACCAUGAGCAGCGCUGAUUCCGCCCCAAGUGCAAAGUCGCAAAGCCCGCCCGUGGCCAUCUUGAACUCUGCUCCGCUUCCGCCUCCAAGUCCCGCCACCAUUAAGAAACGACCCGCGCUGGGAGAGGAGCGAAAGAGCAGCAGCCAGAACAGCCCUCGCAAGCCAUUGCAGCGCACCGGCUCUGUGUCCUCGAGGACGGGGAGGUCGCGCAAGGCAACCAACGAGGAAUGUAAUGAUCCCAACUGCACCAAAUGCGGUCCCAACGCACGUGGUCGCCGGCCCGCCCCUUCUCCCCUUGACUCCGGCCUCGACCUGUCUUACGUGGAGCCGCGCUCUCAACGAACAGAACCAUCCUACGCUCCGCAGUCGCCCACUUACACCACCAGACGGCUACCUUUAUACCCCAAAGAUUCUGCAGUUGUCCAACCUGCUCAGACCGCUCCGCGACGCUCUUUGUCGAUGUCUCGGCCCGCUCGCCCAGUCAGUUUUCACGGGGGAGAUUCUACCUCAGGCUAUUUAUUUUCGGGUAUGCCUUACCCAACUCCACCCCAUGAGCGUGGCCCUCCUCCUUCCGCCUCAGCCACAUUCACCAUGCAAAUGCCACCGCCGCAGAUGGGUCCAUAUGGCAUGAUGAGUGCCACCCCUCCAAACUACUUCCCACCAAUGUCACUUCAGACUUCUCCCCCGUACGACAGCCAGAGGCCGCCCAUGCAGGCUCGCACACCUUCCAACUACAACCCUAGACCCGUCUCUCAAUACGGGCCCCCGCUUGUGACAUACGAGCAGAGCGGAAACAUGCCGUCUGCGCGCCAUCCCACAGCUCCUCAGAGCGCAAGGUACGAACGAUUUCCGCAGUCGACCUUUGAAUCCGAGAGCUCCGAAGAGGAGUUGUCGGAAGAAGAGAACUUCCGUGGGAGGCAUAGCCGUGCGCUCAUGCCUCCCCCAAAGGCCAAGCCCGUCACUGCUCGCCGGCCUAGUGUUCAUCGCGCAAGCACGAAUCAGGUCUACAACAACUUGGACCGUAUGUCUCAGUCUCAACAAUUGCCCGAGCGUCCCCGAGAGCGGGACUCUCACGCUUCUCGGCUAGUGGCAACUGCAGCACCCUCACGGGCGACUUCAACUACUCGUCGUCCAUCUAUUAAACAGAAAUCUCAAUCGUCCUACGAGACUCCUCAAACUCAGGUCUUCGUCGAAGAUGCUCGAUCGCGGCGGCGCCAAUCCUACAUGGGCCCUGAGAAGGAGCUUGAAUUAAAAGCAAAGCACCGGGAUUCCAAGAUCUUUCAGAGCGAUCGCGACGAUGUCCUUGUUUCGCUAGGCCAUCGUCGUCGUAAAACCGACCUGGAUCCUCGACGACGCGAAGAGCACAUUACCGAGACGAAGGAGAGACAGAACGUGAGCGCUGCCGAAGCUUACCAACAACGCAUGCGUGGCAGUGAAGCUCCCCUCACUGAGCAGGCUCACAAAGCCGCGAAACGCAACUCACGCAUUCUUUCUGGCCCGUCUGAUAACGGUUCCUCUCGGAGCAGGAGCGACAAGGCUAGCCGCAUCAGUCAAUCCAAUCGCACUACAAUGACCAGCAGCGGUGGGAAUGGCGAAGUUCGCCUGCGCGUUGAUCCUUCUAUGGGCCUCAGGCUUCAACUCAAUGGAGACAAUGAGGGUCGCACCAUCCAAUUCGAGCCUGCUGAGGAUGGGAUGGCUGAUAUUGUCAUCAGUGGCCCGCGAGGCAGCGAAAAUGCCUACAGAAGCGAGAUGGGCAGCAUUUCCGGAAGGAAGGCUAUAAUGGGGGCGAACUCGACUAGAAGGGAAGCCGAAGAGCUGUCUACUCGGAGCACACGCAGCAGUCACGGUCGACGAGAGGACGGGAGACGUCCCCUUCGACGUACGCGGCAAAUCGAGUAUGAAAAUUAACCUCAAGUGUGCGUGUUCAGACAGCUCCCUUCAGCUGCAAGGAAGGACUACAUUGUCUUGAUUGAUCUCUUUCUGUCACAUUGGAUUCUCAUAUUUGCCCUGUGUUCGAUGCAUUCUCAUACCCAAUUUCUUCAUUUACAAUAUUAUCUUUGCUCUGCAGCUUCUUUCACUGGGUGGACCAAAGUGGCUCCAAAAGCUUUUAUCCAAGAAAGUCUCCUUUGGGCAUCGUCUCCUUUCCGCCGG